GUCAGAGAUCACAUGUAAUGCUGCGUUGGUAGUCACUGAAAAGUUAACAUUUUCUUAAUUUCGGUAAAGUAUCUUGAAUCUUAAAUCGUGAUAAAUGCAAGCGGACGUAUUUUUUAACGUUAUGCCAAAUUUAAAUUAGCUAGAAUUCAUCAAUAGAAAGAAUGGUAAUCUUAAGAAUUCCAAGUCAGAAACGCUCACUUAUGAUUAUGAACCGAAACCUUCUUACGGACGUGUUGCUGUCGUGUUUGUAUGUAUAAAAUGCCGUGCCUUCGUAAUAAUUUUGUGUUUAUGUCGUUAUGAGCACGUCUGUUCUUUGUUGACGAGGACAAGGUGAGUCUCGGUUAAUCCGAGGUGACUGAAACGCGGCGUCAAAAGCGGUGAUCUGUCGCCAUAGUAACUGGCAUUUUGACCGGCCAGCAGUUCACGUUCACGUAAUUAGUUAAAAGCUUUUCAUAUUUGUUGUUUUAUUAAGCAACGUGUGUUGCAAUCGAGUCAUUUUUGUUUAUAAGGUCAAUGCUGGCACGGGAAUUAUUAUUGCUGCUUUGACCCGGUUGUAACGACUUGCUAAGACGUGAGCUACAUAAAUAAAUAAAAGUUAAGAUUAAAUAAUAUAAAUAAAAUAAAACAAGGCGGCUGGAUGAAGCACGGCAAUGUCCGGUAAUCACCUCCCGCCAGUGCGACACCUGCCACAGUGGAGUCGAGUCGGGCAUCUCGGAGUGCCGUGCAAACCUCGACCUUCACUGGCGAACAGACUGCAGCCGCUGCCCGUCCUCCCCACGGGAGACCGAGAGGGGCCGAAGGUUACGAUGGGCUCGACUCAAGUCGACACGGACCUCCGCGUCGCUUCACUGCAGAGGAACAUCGAGUUCCUACAGUACCAGCACAAAGAAACACUUCAGAAACUUCAUCAAGAAGUUGACGAUCUCAGAAGGGAGAACAAAGAGUUGAAGUAUAAGAUGAUUAUGGAGGCUCCCAAGCCAAGUAGGAAAGUUUUGAAACAUAACCAAGUGGGUGUUGGACCUUCCUCACAUGGGAAAGAAUCCCAACAGAACCAAAUGACAAGGGGCAUGGGAGACUGCACAGAGAUCCUUGGACCAAUCAGACCAAAUCGCAGGUCACAACAGUCUGAAGCGCCCGUUUCCUCAGUGGAGCCUCUCAAAGUCCAAAACGGUCCAUCUCAUCCACCACGUGCAUCGACGCUACGGGAGUGUGAGCUUAUCAUCCAGCAGCUGUACAAUACCAACAGUUUACAGUCUCAGGAAAUUGUACGGUAUAAGGAGUUGCUGAGAGAUAUUGUGGUUAACAAGAGAAUCACUCCAGAAAACUACAAUCUGACCAAAGCUUACCUUGGGGAUGAUAUCAGCAAAACCUCUGACCACAUCUUUCCUAACCUGGAUCCCCAAACAGGAAAAACGACCGGUGUGACUCUACCAGCGCUCUCGAAGAGCCUCAGCUCAUCUGUGGUAGAGCGCCAGAGAAGAAGUCAAGCCGUACACAGAGGCCAUGUCAAGACUAAAGUGCGGUGAGAAAAGAGAAGAUCACUUCUCCAAACACCAGAAACCUUUAGGACAGUCACAGUCCUUUUUGUCUCCCUGGACAAGCAAAGUCUCAAAUGAUUGAAUAUAUGCUGGAAAGUGUUUCCAGUAGUUUGUUUUUAAAUGUUGGGUAUUUUCCAAAGUCAUGACAAAGUUGUCACUACAUGUUAACAACGUGAGCUAAAAACUAAGCUGGAUGAAGCACGGCAUCGUCCAGUAAAUGUGUUGGAAUGUGAAACAUUUAAUAAAACAGGGAGUAGGGUAGCCAUUUCAGUUAUAGUUCUAUACUUUUGUGACAAAAAAAUGUCUAUAGAUAAAAUGGCUUCCAUUUCAAAGGCUUGGAAGGUCAUUCAUGUUCCCCUGGGUGAACGGACAAAAUUUCCCAGAUUCUCUCCAAAUUCUUUGAUCGCCUUCUUAAAAAAGUGUAUUUAACUGUUAUCUUUUCUUUCCUUUGCACUUCAAGCCAGGUGUCUAAAUAUUGUGCCCAUAGAGUACAAUGUUUUCAACAGAAGUACCAUCUCAAAACAAACUUCAUCAUACAACUUGUGAAUGAUGUUUGUAUUAAAGUUCUGCUUGUUUGACUUUCAUGCAAUCUUUUGCUUUAUGCAGGCAAACUUUCUCGAUUACAAAAAACCCUUAUCACUUUAUGAGAAUUAAACAUUCAAAAAUUCACAAUAAUGCUACUGUAAUCUAAAUCUGGAUUUACUCUAAAUGCCAUUUUUAUUUUUUUUAUUUUUAUUUUUUAACUAUUUCGUUCCAUAUACAUUUCAAGUACGCCCAGAACAAUCCAGAUUUAAUCCAUUCACUGCCCAAGGCAGUGGUUCUCAAAGUGUGGUACGAGUACCACUAGCGGUAUGUGAAACACUGAGUUAAAUGUUCAAAUGACCUUUUUAAUCCACAACAGUAUUUAUCAGGUACAGUUCAGUUGUAUACUUCAUCUUAAACUACACAAGUUUCACAUUGACUGUUUUAGAAUUGUGUCAUCUUAAACUUUAUAACAACCUCUAAGUGUAAUAGUAUUUAACUCUAAUCUUAACUCAUUGCCUGCUAUUAAAUCGAUGAACCACUUAAAACACUGAAAUGGUAACAGAUUAAAGUGGAGCGGGAAGUGGGGUGCUGAGGGUGCUGCAGCACCCCAUGGUGUUGGGGAGGAAAGCAUUUAUGGUACAAUCUGUUUUUGCAUGUUAAAAAUAAAUAAAACAUUGAAACAAUAGCAUAUUUAACUUUGGGGAUUAAAUAUAUAUGUUGAAAAGGUGUGCACAUGGUUUGCUACCGGGUAACGUUGAAUAGAGCGCUACUGCAACAGAACAGUAAACUGUUGCUUGAGGAGGCGUUAAAAUGGCACAAAACGAAUUGGCAAUUUUUUUCUUUACAAAAAAAACAGCGAAAUUGUCUAAAAUUCAAUUCAAGGUCGAAAAUGAAGAUGAUUGUCCUUUGGUGUCUUCGAAUAGGUAAGACAUACUUGCAUUGGAGCCAUUUUAUUGUUUGUUGUUGCUGUUGCGCUGCCGCCGUGCAGAGCGCUGUUGGAUAUUCGUGUGCAAUUUAUUUUUGUGUUGUGAAAAGGGAGCGUUGAACCAAGGCUUAUUGGCCCUUUUAGUUAUCAAAUGUAUUCGUUUGUCAUUGCGCCGUCUAGCUGCGGGGAUUUGCAUUAUAAUACACGGGUGCUUUUAUUUCCAAUACAAAAACUGUAACACACACUGUAGGUGAAAUGGAACGCUGUCUUUGUAGUAGCCUAAUAGUAGUACGUAAAAUGUCCAGCGUGCAUGUGUACUGCCAUUGUGCAAGCCUGUUAUGGAGAAAAUGCACGAGCAUGACAAAUUUUGACAGAAAUGACUGUUUUUGGAUCGGAGACACUAAAAAGAUCCUCAGCACCCCAUGCUGUGAGUGACUUCCAACGUCCCUGACUGAUUACCACUUAGAACACUGAAACUAAGGAAACAAGUCAACCUUCUUUCAAUGGACUAAUGAGAUUACAGCGAUUGCCUGUUUCACUUUCUCAGACAUUAAAGAUGAAAUUCAGAUGUCCUCGAAAAUUUACUGUAAUAUCAAUACGUACGUAUUAUUAUGAUAUUCAAUGGCGAUUUUGACCUUUCUACUUACUUUCAUCAAAGCUACUACAUUAGAGGGGGAAACAUACCACAAACACCUUGAAGUGUAGGUGUUUACAUAAAAAGGUGGUGCUUUUAAAGAACAUCCUCAUAGAGAAACUACUUUAAAAAUUAACCUAGGACUUGUGCUCAGUCGUACAUUGAAUGUUAAAUGUUUGUGCUUCAUUUUUUUCUUUUGUUUUACCAGGUCUGUCACAGCAGUGAGGUCUAAAUAGGAAUUAGCCAGUCAGUGUAGGUCUAUUAACAUGCGCAUAGUGUUGCAGUGCUGAAAGCUGCUCUCUGGCAGCUGCGGCUACAAAGGAAAUGGUGACUAAAACCUCAAAAACCAGAGCAACUGUUUUCAUUUUUUUUUCUUUCUUAUGUGGCAUGUCUUUUUGAUUGCUUGCAAUACUAAUUAACUAUCUAAUGCUUUCCUCUUUGCUUGUUUUUAUUCAUUUGUUGUGACCCCAUCCCUGCAUUCCUUUCAGUAUUUCGGUUACAGAUUUCUGAGGAUUUUACAGUUUUGUGCCCAAUGCCCACCGGCUUUUUGUUGAAUGUAAAUUAAACUCUUGAUUAUAUUAGCUAUGCAUGAAGUUGUCGCCCUUAACAGAAUUGUGAAAUGCAGCUACUUAAAUAUUGCCGGAGACAGAAUUGAAAGAAAACAGGUAGAAUUUGAAAUAACUGAUCAGCGUAUUUCACAAUCAUGGAUCAUGCAAAUGCUGCAUGUCCCCUGGAGUACAAUAAUGGUACUUGAUAUUGUUGCUAUUUUAGGUGAGGCUUCCUCUCCUCUGCAGCUUAUCUUUGUGCAAAGUUUGCGGAAUUUUUGAAUGAUGCACAGUGACACAUUCUGCAGAACAAAUAUGUUGAAGUUCUUUGGUGUUGUUCUGUGGUUUGUCUGCAACCAUUCACACCAUCCUUUGCCUUGGCAUCCCUGAUAUCUUUCUUUGCCUGUCACU